AUGGCUGCUGCUACCGAAGCAGCCGACGGUUCGCCCUCGGCUGCCCCUGCCAUGGCCGUCCAGAACGAUCCAUUUGUCACCAGCGACGCCUCGCCCGUCGAACGGGAGCCGAGGCAUCGAUACUCAACCUUCGACUCGCACCUAUUCACCCUCGGACCCAAUGCUUCACCCGCCCAGGCAAAGCGGGCACUGGAGGCACAUCUUGCCGAGACAGACCGCCGGAUGGAGGAAGCCGGAAAGUUGGGCACUGCCUUGGUCCAGCAGCGGAAAGAGCUGACCCAGCGUCUUCAGGAGGUCGAGAGCCUCCAGGCCGAGAGCGAGCUCUCCUCGGACUUGAAGGAAAAGCUCGUGGAGAUUGAGAAGGAUUACAAUGAUGUUGCCAGAGAGAGCGCAAGGGCGUUUCUUCCAAAACCUCGAGUUCCCAGCAACGAGGCUGCUGCCGGAUCACCAUUCGUGCCCGAAGGCAAAGGGGGCCGGCGCUCCGUCAGUCCGUCCAAAUUUGAGGCUCAGGCCACGGGCUCGCCAACCAAGCUCAGCGUGCCGAACCGGAAGCUUCGGAACCAACCUGCCAACCGCAUACAUGACAUUGAGUUCGCCGCCGAGAUCAGUCAGUCCCUCAUCGUCCAAGUACGCAAUCUGCAAGCUCUUCUCGCGGAGAGGGAAGAGGAGCUUCGGGAUAUCAAAAUAGAGAAGUCCAAACUAGAGUACGACGCGGAAGGGUUCCAACAGCGCGUCAAGACUCUGGACGAAAGUCAGAACCGCUACAAGGAUGAGAAUUGGAGCCUGGAGACUCAGGUUCACGAGCUACUAGCGGCUCAGCGGGAAGCUGCAGACCGCGAAAAGAAGUUGCAGCAGUCCGUCAGCAUUCUCCAGGCAGAGAAGAACACCGCGCAGCGGGAUCUGGACGAAGUCAAGCUUAGCCACGCGAAACUGUCCGAGGAGCAUGCUGCAGCAGUCAAGCACCACGACACCGAGCUCGGUGCGGCCAAGCGCAACAUGGUCAUGGCCGACUCGGAACGAGCAGCAAUGCAACGCAAGAUCGAGGAGUUGACGGGCCAAAAUCAAGAGCUAGCCAAGGCAGUCUCGUCUCAGAGAGGCAGAACCUUCGAUCGACAGGAGAUUCAAGGCACAAGUGAUGAGGACUUUGCAACUGCCAAUGACGACAACACCCCUGAGCAUUCCCCGCCACCGUCACCGAUCAAGGGCACGCCGCGUCACUCUCUAUUGGAAUCGGAGACCCUGAAGACUUCACUGCAACACGCCCAGCGCACCAUCCAGAGCUUACGAAACAAUGUUCACCGCGAGAAGACGGAGAAGCUGGAGCUCAGACGUAUGCUGCAGGACGCGCGGGAUGAGAUCGAGAAGGCACGUAACGAUCCCAUGCCUGGCCACAAUAAGCGCGGCAGCAAGACGUCGUCGCGCGAAUUCAAGAAGCCACCCAGGCUCCUUGGUGGUCUCCGCAGUGCUCGGAGUGAAAUCUUUGCUGCUGAUGACCCUGACUGGGAAGAUCACCCUGCAUCUUCCAGCCCGGCCCAGACCGUUGUUGGCCACCGCCCGUCGGGCAGCUUUGCACCUGUGCUCGAGAGCGUGGAGAACGAGCAGUUUGACACCGCAAAUGAGACCAGCGACCAGGCAUUCGAGACCGCCAACGAAAGAGGCACCGAAACCGACGACUUCCAUACCGGCGCCGAGGAGUUCUCCAGCGAUGAGGAUGCCCAGACUGAAACAGACAGUCCGACAAAGCGCCUCACCCUGAGAGGCAAGCCUCCCAACCUCCCAAUGGGACUCACCCGGAGCGGCUCAGUCCGCAGCACCGCGUCGACUGAGGACGAGUACGAUUAUGAGGAUAGGCGCACCCCAACCUCCCAACUGCCACCAUUGCAAAGUAGAUUCCCUUUGAGGGUCAGCCGUGGCGCGAACCGCCGUUCCCGACAGGCAAGCGAGGACCCUACAUUCCAGAGCAGCCCGGGCAGCUUUGCUCACAGUGCCGGGGGAACUCCCCAGGGUGUCCAGAGCCUUGCAGCUGAACUCGGUGAUUUCGAUGGUAGUGACAAUGAAUCCAACAUGUCGGCAACUCCCAGUAGGAGAAGCAUCCGCUCGAGGACCGGCUCCAUCAGAGGUACCACCGCCUCUCCGCCGCCUCCUGUUCCACAGCUGCCCAGGCCUGCCAUGGUUGACAGUGGUAUGAUGACGGAGCCUGUACAAGACUUCUCGUCCAUCUCGAUGCUUGCCGUUCCCGGCGCUGAGCGACCUGUGUCCAUGGCCACGGUGGCCAGUGGUGUGUCUGAAUACAGCGAUGCAGGGACUCUCAACAUGGAAGAGAACCUGGCUAAGUUCCCGUCCCCUCCUACCUCUCCGCCUAACAGAGACCUCUCCCUCUCCAACGUACACGCCCACGAUCAUGCAGAGCAAAACAACAAGCAUGCUGAGGAAUUGGAGGCCCUGAAGCAGGACCAUGCCAAGCACGUUGAGACUUUGCACCACGAGAAAGCCGCCGCACAAGCAGCUGCACUGGCAGCCCUUGAGUUACAACACGCGUCAGAGCUCAGCCGCGCAACAGAGGAUGCUCAAGCUGCCCAUGCCCGGCAGUUGGAGACUCUCUACGCCUCGCAUGCGGAUGACAAGACCAAGGCUGUCGCGAAUGCGGCUGCAAGUCAUACAUCUGAGCUGAAGGCCAUACAAGAUGCACAUGCAGAGAAGUUGGCCCAGAUGGAGAGCGAACACAAAGCCGCUCUCGAUUCUGGACUGGAAGCUCUCAAAGCCAGCCAUGCUCAGCAACUGCAGUCUUCCAAGAAGGCUAGUGAUGCGGCUCAUGCCGCAGAGUUGGCAAGCCUCGUGACAGCGCACACUGCCCAGAUCCAGUUGGCCAAGAAAGAACUCAAUGAAAGUCAUGUGAAGGAGUUGGAGUCAUUGAAGGCAUCCCACGCGGCUCAGAUCGAGCAGGCUAAGCAAGCGAGCGACGCGUCCCAUGCAAAGGACUUGGACUCCAUCAAGGCUACUCAUUUGGAACAGAUCGAUGAAGUAAAGAAAGCAUUGGCAGAUACUCACAACCGCGAACUUGAGGCUCUCAGCGCUUCACAUGCCACACAGGCGGAUCAAGUCAAGAAGGACAGCGAGGCAGCUCAUGCUGCGGCCAUUGCAGCGCUUAUUGCUUCUCAUUCAGAGAAGCUCAGUGCCUCCACGGCGGAAGCUGAUGUGGCUCUCAAGGAACGACUGGAAGCAUUGAAGUUAACACACAGAGAUCAAUUAGAGGCUUCCAGAACAGAAGCCGAAGCAAGACUUGCAAAGGAGUUGGAUGCUCUUCGGCUGACGCACAGUAAUCAACUGGAGUCUUCUAAAGCCGACAGUGACAAGAAAUUCGCUGCCGAACUGGAAGAGCUCAAGGCAGCACACGGCAAAGCAUUGGAUGUUUCAAGAGCAGAUGGCGAUGCUAUGCUUGCCAAGGAGCUUGAGGCUCUGCGAGCCAGUCAUGCUGAACAGCUCAGCAAUCAAAAAGAUGAGAUCCUUGCAAAUAUGGCACAGGAGAUUGCAUCUAUCAAGUCUGACCACACGCAGCAACUCGACAAAUUGAAGCGGGAAAACGAUGCAGCACACGCUGCUGAGUUGGCGGCAUUGGCGGCAUUGCACGCAAAGCAACUUGCCUCCUCCAAGACAGAGUCGGACGUCCACCUCUCCAAGCAACUGGCAUCGCUGAAGGACUCCCACGCGCAAGAGCUGGAAACACUUAGGACCGAGCAUGCCGCCGCACAUGCCAAGGAGUUAGAGAGCUUCAAGUCUGCCCUUGGUAAACAAUUAGAGUCAUCCAAGUCUGAAGGAGAUGCAGCCCAUUCAGAGCAAAUCGAAGCCCUGAAGGCUGCCAAUGCUGAAAUCAUCGAAGCCCACAAAAGGGACAGUGCUAAAACGCUUGAGCAGGCUUUGGAGUCAGCUAAGGGCAACCAUGAACGUCAAAUCGAAGCCCUGAAGAGUGACCACUCCGCUGCACGAUCAAAGGAUUCCGACGAGCUUGCCGCCAAGCAUGCAACAGAAAUCGCAGCUCUGGGGGUCACACUGGCUGCCGCCAAAGCCAAAGAAAUCGAUGCGAUGGUUGCUAAACACGACCAGCACAUCUCAACUCUGCAAUCCGAGCACGAGUCGGUGAAGGCAAAGGAGUUGGGCCACAUGUCGUCGACCUACGAGAAGCAAAUCGAGACGUUGAAGGCCGAGGCUGCUGCGGCCAAGCUUGCCGAACUUGAGCAGUUGACUUCGACCCACCAGACCCAGAUUGAUGCGCUCAAGGCCGAGUCGCUCGCAUCGAAGGAGAAAGAGCUCCAAGACCUGAAGGAUAAGCACAAGAACGAGAUUGAUGCUCUCAAUGCUGAAUCCUCCUCCUUGAGAUCUCAAGGCCUGGAUGAUUUGAGCGCCACCCAUGCAGCCGCACUCAUGUCUUUGAAGAGUGAGCACGAGAAUGCGAUUGCCAAGCUGACGGAAGAGUUGCAAAAUGCACACACAUUGAAACUUGCAGACCUUCGCACUGAGCACGAAUCUGCCAAGGCUACGGACCUGGAUGCUUUGAAGUCAAAGCACGGGAAAGACCUUGAGUCUCUUCGGGCCGAGCACGAGACUUCUCGCGCUCAGGAGUUGGAAAACCUCAAGUCGGAGCAUGCUGUGCUACUCGCUACCUUGCGCUCGGAACACCAGGCAACCCUAGACAAUGCCGUUCAAAAUCUUAAAGCAAGCCACGCUAAGGAUCUCGACUCGCUUGACAGCAGCCAUUCCUCCUCACUUGAAGCUGCUCUUGCAGCCAUCAAGUCGGGUCACGCUAAAGAAUUGGACGACUUGAGAUUGGCCAAUGACGCUGCAUUGUCAAAAGCAUUGGACGUGGCGACGGCCGAACAUGCCAAGUCUCUAGACGCCUACCGUGCAGAGAGUUCAGCCGAGCGUGAGAAGCUUCUCGCUAGCCAUGUUAUGGAGCUCGAGGCCCUCAGGAAGGCCCUCACUGUGACGCGUCCGACGCUGGGCUUCUCGUCGAUGAAGAGUGUUGCGACUGAGCCGAUUGAGGAGCCAGAGCUUCUCCGCAGUCCCAAGCGGGAAGGAUUCAUUAUUCCUCGCGAAGAGCAACCGCACACGCCGUUGUCGUCUGACGUUGGAGCGUUCGGAAAGAGAAGCAGGGAUACCGCUGUUCCGUUCAUUGCUGAAGACGACACACGCCAAUCCCCAAGCGCGGCCGCUGGUCCCGAGACACCGGAAUCCCAGCGACCUUUCAGGGAAAUAUCGACCAACACUGAUGCGCGCUCUACUCGGAAACAAGCUACACCAACUGCUGAUCAGAGCUCCCAAACCACACUCACGUCCGAUGGCAUCGACCAACUGCUGACCAAACCCUCGCGUCGCUACUCUCGGGACUCGUUGAAGAUCGCAGUACCCUUCGACGACGGAACUCCGGCCACUGUACGCCAUAGGCGGUCGCAAGAAAUUAUCGGGAGCCCUUCCAAGCUUAAGGGCAACCCGAGCGAUUCCGGGGUCCUCUCCGCUCCAGGACCAGUCCCGUCUCGACGACCUGGUAGCUCGAGCAGCGUGCGAAGCUCACAGCAGACGAUGCCGCCGUUGCCUCCGAAUCACCGGGAAGCCAUCGAGGCUGCCCGUGGCGGAUCUUCUCACGGUGCUAAGGGCGCCAUGGGUCCGCCAUUACUGCCAGCAUCAGCAUAUAAGAACCCUGCUGCUCGGCCUUGGACGCCACGGGACAGACCACAGUCGCCGCUCUACGCCCAUGGCACGACCCCCCGGGCGAUCAGGACCAACUCCUCGCAAGGGUAUGGAGACGUUCACUCUCCUACCAGGUUGACAGCUCGGAGUAGGCAAUCUUCUGUCACAUCGUUUGCAUCUGAAAUUGACACAAGAUUCAAUAUGCCAGGGGAAAUGGGCAUGGGCGCAUCAGGUUUCGUUGGUCCCAAUACCGAUCCUCGCAUGAUCCAAGCCAUCACGCAAACCAUGAUUGGCGAGUAUCUUUGGAAAUACACGCGGAAGCCUGGCAGAGGCGAGAUGUCUGGCAACAGGCACAGGAGAUACUUCUGGGUCCACCCGUACACACGCACUCUAUACUGGAGCAACCGCGACCCAUCAACUGCGGGUCGAUCUGAGCUGAAAGCCAAGAGCGUACCGAUCGAGGCCGUCCGGGUCGUUGCCGACGACAACCCCAUGCCACCCGGCUUGCACCGCAAGAGUCUGGUCAUUAUCUCCCCUGGAAGAACUGUCAAGUUCACAUGCACCACCGGUCAACGUCAUGAAACUUGGUUCAACGCCCUAUCCUAUUUGCUGCUAAGGACAGGCAAUGAAGGCCAGACAGAUGCCGAGGAGAUGGCGGGAAACAUAACCCAGGAAGAUGUCGAUGAGUUCAACCCGUCGAUUGGCCAGCGCCCAACAAUUGGAAACCGACCACCGCCUUCCCUUUCAUCCUACAACUCGCGAACGACACGAGUUGAGUCGCCAAAUGUAGACAUGUCUAUUGGCAUUCCAACCUUGACCCCGACUCAUGAGAGAACAUCAGUUAGACCAGGCACGCUCACCCGACUGAGCGGAUACUUGAGUCGAACCAGCACUUCUGGCAGCCUCUUCAACAGCUUAAGAACCAGGAGUCAUGGAGGCCACGGACAUGACAGCGCCAUAUACGAGGCGAGCGAGGUGAACGAUAGUGCCGAGGAACUGCGACAAAUCAUCGAGCAACAGGACAGGGAGGCAGAUAGGCUGGAAAAUGUGCGAGCGUGCUGUGAUGGCAAACACGAUGUCGGCACAUUGUCACAUAGUACCAAGAGGAGUCGCAGUGCUCUGGGACACUCACACUCGCAUACCCACCACCCGACCACUACCACGCCUCUGGGCACGGUUAGGUCCAGGGGUUAA